CUUAACUGUUACCGGUAACAGGUGGGGUAGAGUAUAAAAUCAGUGUGUCGGAAGCGAGUGAAAGUAAAAUAUCGUCCACAGCUCACCGUAAACAAGUCGGUUCCCGCAAGUAUCAGGUAAUUUUAUUAUUUUUAUUUAUAAGUAUAUUUUAGACUGAUUUUAAUAUAUUUUUUGGCGUAUUUUCACCGUAUCAAAUAAAUUAUAACUUAAAAAAAAAAAAAAACCAUUAUUAAUUAUUGAAAUAUCAGAUUUUCGUAAGAAUAUAACCGAUGAAUUAAAUUAUUUUAUUAUAUUUAUUAUAUUUAUAUUCUAAAUAGGUUAGGUUAGAUUAUUGUACAAAUACGCAUUGAUACAUAUUGAGUCAAUUGUCAAUUGGUUAAGUUCGAACUUAGUUAAAAUCUGAAAACAUGUGAACUACAUACAUACUAUACACACAAAAAUUAUUUGUUUAGAUACCUUUUGAAAAUACAUUAUUCAAGUACCUAAUUCAUUUCAUACAGUGACAGAUAUCGUUUAAUGUAGAUAGGUGCAGGUAGGUAGGAUAGCUAUAUACGUAUAGGAUUGUAUAGAACACCUGCAGUAGGUUUUGUUUUGUUCAACUCUUGUCGCAAAGUAAUUUUUACGAAUUUCACGCAGACGAUGAUUAUCGUCAUUAAAUAUUAUUCAAACUUGUAUCUGACUAUUUCAGUAAAGUUAUGGAAUGUAUAUUGUUUUCAAUUACGUUUUAAUAAAAUAAUAUAAAUUAGUGUUAUUACAAACUGUAUAUUUAAUCUAUGAGAACAUUUUAUUAUGUACUCGGUCCCUUAAAGUGCUUUCCUUUGACGUAAUUUUACCGUUUAUGUUGAAAUUUUAAGCACAUUUUUGAUUGCAUGUUUUAUAACUGAUGAACUAACAUUAAUUUUAGUUUGAUUUAUAUGGAAGGAAUGUAUAUUGGUCUCACUAUGACGAGUGCUUAUUUUUUUCGUCAACCAUUUUUCUACUAGAAAUAUUAUUCCAACCAAAGAAUCCUCUUUUUUGUGACAUUUUAGUUGGUGAAUGAAAAAGUUGUACUUAUUAUUUUCUUUAAUAAUCGAGAAAAACUUCAAAAUUAUUAAAACCGUACAUGGUUUUAAUAAUUUUGAUGAUUUUCUAUUUUGGUCGUAAUUCGGUUAGAAAUAAUCGUAGAGCUGAAAUCUUCACAGAAAAUUGUAAAAUUGUCAACACAUUCUAGUGAUUCUUGAAUCGAGUAAAUAUGCGAUGCGUGACGCGAUAAGGUUAUAGUGGAGGUUGAGGCAAUGGUGUAUACAGUGAUUAUUAGCCAUAGGGGGCAAUUUGGGUGGCAGUGGCUUUGUGUGUAAAAUUGUAUUGAAUGAUAAUAGAUAAUAAAUGCACCUCGUAUGGUGAGCAGCGUGUUGAGUGGUGUGACGAGGAGUUGAUCGGAUCGAAUUUUUUUUUUAGUUUUUAUUUAUGUUUAAAAAUUUGGGACGUCAUAAGCAUUACACCCGAUGGUAAAGAAAAACAAAAUUGAGAUUAAUAUAUUAUUUUUUGUUUAAUAACCGUUUAAAGUUCAAAUGUUGAUGAAUAUCGAAAAAAUAACGACAUUUUAAAACGUGUUCGACCGAAUUUCGCUCAGAAUCGAUUUUGGUUCUAACAAAGAUUUAUCGUCGCGUAAUCGCCGUAUAAAUAAAAUAACUCUACGUAUCUAAAUACCUACUAAACUUACCAACAGCGGCACGCCAGUCAGCAGUGUCGGCUCUUUAUUUGUUUUACAUGUACACAAACAUGAACGGACACCUACGAAUAUCACUAAAAAACUGAUUCGUGCAUAUAAUUUUUAAUUUUGCAACACGCCAUGGUACAGUUGCAUGGUACAUGGCUAAAUGCAUGGAGCCAAUUGCGUUAUCAAUUUAAUUUAUACCCUGCAAUAGUUUGAAAAAUAAAUCCGCGGCCAAGUAUAUGAAAACGCAAUAAUUUUGUCAGUAACCUAACUUAAUCUCAAAUACCUACUCUAUAGUUUAUAUUUGUUAUAAUAAAUAAUUGCAUUAUCAAUACGCAUUGUAACAAUGCGAGUACUUUACCGUUAGUUACACUUUUUAUAGUUGUACAUUUUCAAAGUUGAGCAAGUUAAAUGUUUUUUUUUUUUUUUUUUUUUUUUUUAACUAAUUUAAGUCAAUACAAGAAGAAACAAAUAUACUAAAUUUAAAAUUAAAUUAAUUUUUAAAAUACUAAUUGAUUAGAUUAACCAAAUUGAGUUGCUAUUUUAAAAAUGCUAAUUCAGUUGUAAAUACCUAUUUUCGAAAAUUCUAUAAAAGUCAUCGCGAAAAGUUAUUUUUUUUUUUUUUUAAACUUAUUACUGGCCUGUGGAUUUGUUAAUUUUAGCAAUAAUUUUUUUAUAAAUUACAAUUAAUUUAUCGUCGAAAAAUGUCAGUUAAUUUGUUCUUCGGUCGUAUUAUUACUAUUCGAUAUUGCUGCGAAUCUUAUUAUUGCGCAGUUCGGUUUCGGUACGACGAAUAAUUAAUGAAAAGUUCGUUUUAAACAUGCACAUUUUAACCGAUGAUAUAGUUGGACGUCAUUAACCGUUCGGGUUUGUCGGUAGUUUAACAAUAAUCGAUUUACAGUGGGACGAACGCAAAUAACAAAACGCAAACGUUCGUAACCGACAUUACCGAACCGGGAAGUUUAUAGCGCGCGUGGACUGUACACGAAAAGGAUAAUGUAAUAAUUUUAUGUUAAACGGAUGAUCGCGCCGGUAAUAUUGUAGCCUGCAGUCGGCAUUACACAAUUUACGGUCAAACGCGUUUCGUGUCCUGUAAGAGAAUAUCGGAAAAGGAAAGUGAAUGACCGGUUCUGUCUGUUUCCGAUGGGCGAAAGUAGCGCGGGCAAUGAAAAUUCCGCCGCGCGUAUGGUUCACUUAUGUAACGCGGUAAUUGACAUACGUAAUAGUUACAUAGAUGGUUGUGUGUGUAUAUGUGCGUGUGUGUGCGUGUGUGUGCGUGUGUGUGUGUGUGUGUGUGUAAAAGUAUUACGUGUAAUAAGGCCAUAAGCCAUAGUUGUAUAACCGGUGUUUUACGCGCGGUACCAACUUUUUCACGGUCAAACUCAAAACGUCCGUUUUUAAUUUACAGGUACCGGCACGCUGCAGAAUGUGGAUACUCGCACUAGUACUGUUCAGCGUUAUGGUGGCGCUCCUGUCCUAUUUGGACAUGAGAAAACCGAAAAACUACCCGCCAGGUAUAUUUUCGCCGAUCGUAUACAAUAUGUAUAAUAUAAUAUGUACCGAACUGUCAAAAUAUUACGCGUUUAAAUGUAUAUAUUUUAGAUUCUGAGCGGAGCGAGUGUAUGUGUAUCGGUUUUACAAUGAUGUUUCAUUUUUUUUUUUUUAUUAUUAUUAUUAUUAUUUUUUUUAAUCUGUGGACAACUUUUCUACCAGCAAUUUUGCUCCGGUUCACAAUCAUAGCACUAUUUCUGAAUGGAAAUCCGACUGGGGUGGCACUUCAGGGAGGCGGUUUUUCGAUUUUCCCAGGAGUUUUCCCAAAAAAAAUGGAAAAAAACGUGAGAAAACCGGGAAAAAAUAUGUGGGGAAAACGGGAAUAUAGGUACAAUAUUAAACAAAUAUUAUUAAAGAAAAUAUUCAAUGCAUAUGAAAUUAUUUUAUCAUAAUAUGACACAUAAAUUGUUGACAAAGCAACACUAUCAACCGCGAUUCCGCUCAGAAUCGGUUUUUCGUUAGCAAUGGUUAAUCGUUGCUUACAGAUUUACAGAUGUACAUUAAACUCCCGUCUUUAUCCUACCUUUCCAACUUACCACCUGCAACAGUGGCUCCACCCGUCCUCAUUAUCCUAGGACAGCUUUUUAAGUAAUAUGAGUACAACGAUUACAUUGAUUUAGGUCCGAAAUGGUUGCCGGUUUUGGGAAGCGCUCUCACUGUUAACUCGCUUCGGAAACAAACCGGGUACUUGUACCGUGCUACUAUUUGUCUAGCCGAUUCGUACGGUCCAAUUAUCGGUUUGAAAGUUGGAAAAGAUAGACAAGUAGUGUGUUGUGGGUAUAAUGCCGUCAAAGAAAUGUUGACGAAAGAAGAGUUUGACGGACGUCCACAGGGACCAUUUUACGAAACCCGAACGUGGGGCACCCGAAGAGGUAUGUAUCGGACUACUUAAAGACAAAUGAAAUUCACCCGUUUCCUAUUGGUAUUUAACAAACGUUUUAAUAUGAUUAUUGUAGGUCUUCUACUGACGGACGAAGAAUUUUGGGUGGAACAAAGAAGAUUCGUAUUGCGUCAUUUGCGUGAAUUCGGGUUCGGUAAAAGAACAAUGGCUGAGCUUGUACAAGAAGAAGCUGUCCAAUUGGUCAAUAAUUUUAAUGAACAAAUUGCCAAGUCUAAAGACGGCAAAGGUGAAAUAUUUGCUAUGAGGGAUGCUUUCAGUGUAGGCGUCUUAAAUACUCUGUGGUCAAUGAUGGCAAGUAAACGAUACGACGCAGACGACAAAGAAUUAAAAGAUCUACAGGCACUAUUAACUGAACUUUUUGCUAACAUCGACAUGGUGGGUGCUUUGUUUAGUCAAUUCCCAUUUUUAAGAUACAUAGCUCCUGAAGCGUCCGGGUAUAAAUCGUUUGUUGAUAUCCAUCAACAAGUGUGGAAGUUUCUAAAAGCAGAACUUGACAAUCACAAAGAAACGUUUAUUUUAAAUGAGCCCAGAGAUUUAAUGGACGUUUAUUUACAAAUGUUACAUUCUCCAGACAAAAAAGAUAGUUACUCAGGUACCUACAGACGUUCACAAUUCAAUCUUAAUCGGUUCAUAUUUGUACAAAAUUGUUUUAAUAAUUAAAUCGGUUUCAGAAUCUCAGCUAUUAGCUAUCUGCAUGGAUAUGUUUAUGGCUGGAUCUGAGACUACAAGCAAAUCUUUAGGAUUCGGUUUUCUGUACCUGCUUCUAAACCCAGAAGUUCAGAAGAAGGCUCAGGAAGAAAUCGAUAGAGUUGUUGGUCGAGACCGACUUCCGACCUUGAACGAUAGGCCUAAGUAAAUACUUGAAUUAUAUAAUAAUUAUUAUUAUCACAACUAUUGUGAAUAUUAAUAUGCGUAAACCUACUCUCUCGAUUUCAGUAUGCCUUAUCUAGAAGCACUUGUAUUGGAGUCUGUCAGAGUAUUUAUGGGAAGAACUUUCAGCAUUCCGCACAGAGCUUUAAAAGACACCACAUUACAGGGCUACCAUAUUCCUAAAGUGUGACGAUCGCGCUUAAAUUACAUUUGGAUUAUAAAUAAAAAGGUUUUUUUUUUUUCUUAGGAUACAAUGGUAAUCGCUAAUUUCGCCGCUUUACUCAACGAUGACGACGUUUGGGAGAGUCCGGACAGAUUUUGGCCAGAAAGAUUUAUCGGCUGUGACGGAAAACUAGUAGUUCCGGACGAAUACCUGCCGUUUGGAUAUGGUAAUAAAAAAAAUUUGAUUUUUUUUUUAAAUAUUUUUAACACAAAAUUCAAAAAAAAUAUUAUAUAAUAUUAUAUACCUGUUUAAACGUUUUUUUUUUUUUUUUUUUUUUUUUUUUUAGGAAAACACCGUUGUAUGGGACAAACUCUCGCUAGAUCAAAUAUAUUUUUGUUUUCCGCUUGUCUAUUACAAAACUUCGAUUUCUCAGUGCCCGAAGGUCAAGCACCGCCGAGCACAUUGGGCGUUGACGGAGUUACACCUUCGCCCGGCGAAUUCAGUGCUUACGUUAGCGUCCGACCGAAAUACUAAGAUAAUACGUUUUAAUUCAAAAUGUACGACCUUACUGACUUAACGUUUAAAUUAUAUGUUAUAUACAAAAAAGUGCGAAAUUCAGAAUUAGGUUUUUUGCUCUGUGUAUUAAUAAUAAUAGAUUAAUAGAUAUAAGUAUAAUGUGUAAACGUAUUAUAGCAUAGGUAGGCCGGUAUCUACAAUAAUUAGAUACUAUAACAUUUUAUACCUACUGUUGUAUGGUUAAACGACUGAAUAAUUCUACAGCCAGACAAUAAUUGUCCGAUUAUAAAAUCGUAUGUUAUUUGUAUAAUACUAUUAAAAUAUAAUUGUAAUUUGUAAUAUUCGUAACUAUAAAAAUAAAAAAAAACUGCCUAU